AUGAAGUUCUCUCUCCUCACCACCGUUUUCUUGGCUAUCACCGCCGCUAACGCUCAGCUCGACGCCAGAAUCAAGGCCAAGGGCAAGCGCUACUACGGUAACAUCUUGGACCGCAACACCCUCAACGAUGGUACUAUCACUAACAUCCUCAACACUGAGUUUGGCGCCAUCACUGCCGAAAACUCGAUGAAGUGGGAUGCCACUGAACCCUCUCGCGGCAACUUCCAAUGGGGAGGCGCUGACCAGGUCGCCAACUGGGCCACUCAACGCGGCAAGCUCCUCCGUGGCCACACCCUCGUUUGGCACUCGCAACUUCCCGGCUGGGUCAACAACAUCUGGGACCGCAACACCUUGAUCCAGGUUAUCCAGAACCACAUUGCCCAGGUUGCUGGCCGCUACCGUGGACGCAUCUACGCCUGGGACGUCGUCAACGAAGUUUUCGAGGACAACGGCCAGUGGCGUAACAGUGUCUUUUACCGCGUACUCGGUGAAGAGUUCGUCGACAUUUCCUUCCGAGCUGCCCGUGCUGCCGACCCCAACGCCAAGCUCUACAUCAACGACUACAACUUGGACUAUGCUGGUCCCAAGAUUGAUGCCACUCUCGCCCUUGUCGGCCGUCUCCGCCAGCGUGGUGUUCCCAUCGACGGUAUUGGUACUCAAGCCCACUUGAUCGUCGGUCGCAUUGGCAACUUUGAGGCUCAACUCAAGCGCUUGGGUGACACCGGUCUCGACGUUGCCAUCACCGAGCUCGACAUCCGUAUCCCAAGGCCCGUCGACCAGGGUAAGCUCCAGCAGCAACAGAGGGACUAUGAGGCUGUCACUCGCGCUUGCUUGAACGUUCCCCAGUGUGUUGGUAUCACCAUCUGGGGUGUUUCCGACAGGCACACCUGGGUCGACGGCACGUUCCCAGGUGAUGACUCUCCCUUGCUCUGGGACGACAACUACAGGCGCAAGCCUGCGUACGACGGUGUCAACGCCGCCCUCAACUAA